UGAUGGUAACUGUGGUACCAACUUCAGUCAAAUUAAAUUAAUCGACUCUUGCUCCUUUGGUCGGAGUACCAAAGUCAAUUGGUACCCCCCCAAAAUCCCUGACCGGUUCAAUCAAUGUACCAUUAGAGUACGUAUGGUACAAAGACCGCCACAUGUUAAUUACGUACCAAAUAAUUCCUGGAGUGGUACCCCAGAUGGUAUCCGUGGUAUUGAAACCACUAUUUUGGACUUGGUUGCCGAAUUUGCUAACAUCCGUAUGUACUACCAUUACGAUCCAGUACCAGAAAACUGGGGCAAUGUUUACGAUAAUGGUACCAUCACUGGUAAUUUAAACUACUUGUACCAAGAAAUCGACGAUAUUGCCAUUGGUGCCUAUGCCAAAACCAUGAGACGAUCCCUUUUUUUCGACGAUGUCCCGUACCAACGCGAUGGGUUAGUUUUCUGUGUCCCAUUUAAGACACUUAACCUAAGAUUGAAAAGUUUGGCCGAAAUUAUGGGUCUUGGAGUGUUGGUACUGACCCUUUUUUUGUACCUUGUGGUAACGACAAUGUCAUGGUUGGUGAGUCGACAUGAUUACACCCAUUACCAAAAAUUUGACACGUGUGUCAUUGAUACGUACCAGAUUUUACUAGGUUUAUCGGUUAGUUUGCAACCUAGGAGUACCAGAAUCGUGGUUGGGACAUUUAUGGGUUAUCAUCCAGGUACUUUGAAAGUGAUGGUACUAGUAGUACCAUGA